GACCGCCGGGUCUUACUUUGGCAUAUGGAAGAAGCCAUCCACUCAAGAGUUAAACCAGUUCAGCUGAAAGGGGAGCAUCACUCUAAUAUCUUCUGCCUAGCUUUCAACAGUGGCAAUACGAAAGUGUUCUCUGGAGGCAAUGAUGAGCAAGUUAUACUCCACGAUGUUGAAAGCACUGAGACCUUGGAUGUGUUUGCCCAUGAAGAUGCAGUGUACGGCCUUUCAGUGAGCCCGGUAAAUGACAACAUCUUUGCCAGUUCAUCAGAUGAUGGUCGGGUUCUUAUCUGGGACAUCCGAGAGUCUUCCCAUGGAGAGCCCUUCUGCUUGGCACACUACCCAUCAGCCUUUCACAGUGUGAUGUUUAAUCCGGUAGAACCCAGAUUACUGGCUACUGCCAACUCUAAGGAAGGUGUAGGACUCUGGGAUAUUCGUAAACCUCAGAGUUCGCUGCUCCGCUAUGGUGGAAACCUCUCCCUUCAGAGUGCCAUGAGUGUCCGGUUCAACAGCAAUGGAACUCAGCUGCUGGCACUGCGUCGGCGCCUUCCUCCAGUCCUCUAUGACAUCCACUGCCGGCUGCCUGUCUUCCAGUUUGACAACCAAGGCUACUUCAACUCAUGUACCAUGAAGAGCUGCUGUUUUGCAGGUGAUCGUGAUCAGUACAUCCUUUCGGGCUCUGAUGACUUCAAUUUGUAUAUGUGGAGGAUUCCUCCAGAUCCAGAAGCAGGUGGCAUUGGCAGGGUCGUCAAUGGUGCUUUUAUGGUCUUGAAAGGUCAUCGGUCAAUUGUAAACCAAGUCCGGUUUAAUCCUCACACUUACAUGAUCUGUUCUUCUGGCGUUGAAAAGAUUAUAAAGAUCUGGAGUCCUUACAAACAGCCUGACUGCACAGGGGAUCUGGAUGGUAGAAUUGAGGAUGAUUCACGCUGCCUCUACACUCAUGAAGAGUACAUCAGUCUUGUGUUGAACAGUGGUAGUGGUUUGUCCCAUGAUUAUGCCAACCAGUCGGUCCAGGAAGAUCCACGGAUGAUGGCCUUUUUUGACUCCCUGGUGCGCCGAGAGAUCGAGGGCUGGAGUUCCGACUCAGAUAGCGACCUCAGUGAGAGCACAAUCCUGCAGCUCCAUGCAGGAGUAAGUGAACGCUCCGCUUACAGUGAGUCGGAGUCGUCCGCCUCUUUGCAUCACUCCCCACCACAUGUGGCUGAAGAGUCUGAUGGAACUGCCUAUAACUUAAGGGCCUUAAGAUCAACUGAAUCCCCCUCAGCCAGAGAAGAUGUGGCUUCCCGUCAGCAGAGGCUCUCUGCACUGAGAAAGUACCAGGAUAAACGUCUCCUAGCCCUUUCCAAUGAGUCCGAUUCUGAUGACAAUACCUGUGAGGCAGAACUAGAUACAGACCUUUUCCCACGGCCGCGGUCCCCAAGUCCCGAGGAGAACGAAUCCAGCAGUUCCAGCAGCAGCAGUACAGAAGAUGAAGAGGAACUGAAUGAACGACGCACGUCUAUGAGGCAACGCAAUGCACUGAGGCGCCGACAGAAGGUGCAAAAGGAGGAAAGGACUAGUACUAACAUGGAGAAUGUGACUCCCUACAUAGGUGAGGAUAUCUACGAUUACCCCCAGAUCAAAGUAGAUGAUCUAUCUUCUUCGCCAGCUUCUUCACCAGAAAGGAGUUCAGCCAACAAAGAAGUUCUCAAAGAAAGGACUUCUCCUUGUUCAGAUAGUGAAUCAGUGGAGAGAAAGAUUUACAAAGCUUACAAAUGGCUUCAUUAUUCUUACAUAUCAUAUUCAGCUGGCAAGGAUGGUGAGUCCUCCAGAGGAGAUGGGGAGAAUGACGAAGGGAAACCAGGAACUAGUGGAAGGCACAGUACAACACACUCGCUAAAUAAGGAAGAUGCUAGGAACUUGAGUUUAGUAGUUCCUCAAGGGUCUCCAGCUCUUUCUACUGAAGGCCACAACAAAGAAACUUUAAAAGAAUGUGGCUGGAUAGAAAAUUCUAGUAAUGGUCAAGCUCAUGAAUGUGACAAUCAGCGGCGGAUGGAGGGUCAAGAGAACACAUCUGAAGACACUAGCAGUGGAGGAAUAGAACAUUCUUUUGAGACGAAGAAGCUCAAUGGAAAAGCUAACUGCAAAGGGCUAAAUAGUUGUACUGAAGAACCUUCGUCAAGCCAUCACUCGCUGGUCCCUCCAUUCUCCACUGUUGCCAUCUGUAGCAUGUCGGGUCACUGCUCCAGAAACCAGACUGAUGACAGCGAGGAGAGGAGCCUUGACACCUCCUGCGUUAACCACAAUAAUGGCCACUUGCAUCUUCGCCCUUCAUGCUUCAACAAUGGACAGAGUUUUGGAGAGCAGGAGACUGUGACGCAAGGACUGCAGGUGCACUCAAAUGCUGAUAAUGGCAACCUUGUACAGAUGGGCGUGACCUUGCACAAAGACUGCUGCCUGUCUGAAAUGGACUCCAACAGCUACAACGUGAGCACGAGAGAGGAUACUGCUGACUUACAUCCUACAGGCAGUGAGAGCACUCAAUCUCUCGGAGGACUGAAAAGACACAGAGUGGAGUUGGAAGAUGCAGAUUCAGAGAGUUCAUCCUUAGAAAAGAAGUUAAAAACAUGA